AUGGAAACACUGAAAUUUCCUGCUGUUGGUACAUGCAUCAAGAAAUGCAAAGAUGUUCCUAAUUUUGCAACAAAACUAAGCAAAAGGGGUGAGGCUGAGUUUCUCGUAACUAAAAAUGGAACAUUGUGUGCGAGGUGGCUUGAUUCAAAGGAAGUGAUGAUGCUAAGUAAUUGCCACGAAGCUAAAUACACAAAAGUAAAUCGCACCAUGAAAGAUGGAAGCAAAGAAGAAUUUGAGUGCCUUGUGGCAAUUGAAUUCUACAACAAAAUCAUGGGAGGUGUAGACCUUGCAGAUCAAAUGGUAAACGUCUAUGAAUUAGAUCGAAAAUCUUGCAAGUGGUGA